AUGGUUAAUGAGAUUGUGAAUUCUGUUGUUGGUGGUGGUGCUGGUUCUGGGUCUGGUGUUACUAGUAACAUCGAUUGGACUACGUAUCGUUUUCCACAGCCCAUCGAUUUAUCAGGUAUUCCUGAUAAAUUCGGUGGGGGGGUUUCUUUUUCUCGCUGGCAGAAAAAGAUGAAACUGUGGCUUACGGUUAAGGGUCUGUGGCCGGUGUUACAGUACGAGAAACCAGUUGUGGUACAGGAAAAGGCUGAAACCCUUAAGGCCUAUGCUAUGUGGGAGGAAAAGGAUGGGGUGGCUAGGGCUGCUAUUCUAGCAGCUUUAACGAACACUCUGUUCGAUGUUUACUCAUCUGACUCCUACACUGCUAAGACCUUGUGGGAGAAACUUGAUCAGACACACAAUACUGACUCGCAAGGGUUGGAAAAGUAUUCUGUGGCUAAGUUCCUGGACUUCAAACUGGUGGAUACAAAAUCCAUGACUGAGCAGGUGCAUGAGUUUGAGACGUUGGUGCAUGCUUUGAAGGAGUCCGGAAUGGACCUUCCUGAAAAGUUUUUGGUUAUGUCUGUGAUUGAAAAGCUCCCUAAGUCUUGGGAAGAGUUUGCACUCUCCCUGAAAAGGCAGAAGGGAGAGAUCACUUGGACUAACCUGAUGCUGGACAUCUCUGUGCAGGAGCAGCACAAGUCCAAACAGGGACAUGUGAUGCCAACUGAAUCUGGUAGCUCGAAGGUCAAUGUAGUGACUGUGGGACAGAAAAGAAAGUCUGUCGCUAAGAAGGUGAACACUAAGCCCAAAACUGACAAGGGCAAGGCUAAGAAAUCAAAGGCCAACAAACCAUGUUAGUCUUGUGGACAGGUUGGUCAUUGGAGUAAGGACUGUCCUGUAAAGAAAGCAAAGAAAGCUGAGGUGGUAGCACAAGCAAAUACUGUGCUUGGAACCACUGAUGGGCCUGUGCUUAACAUGGUUGUUGGUGAGGCUGUUGCUUCUGAAACCAAUGACGGGCUCAUGGGAUGACAGUGACGAUGGGGAAUGCUAGUGCGGCUCAAGUUCGUGGAAUAGGAAACGUGGACCUGAAGUUUGCUUCAGGGCGUGUUCUAUCCCUUACUAGAGUGCAUCAUGUUCCCGAGAUUCGUAGAAAUAUUAUUAGUGGAAGUUGUUUAGUUAAAAAUGGCUUUGAACUUUCUUUAAAGUGUAAUAAAGUAGUUAUUACUCA